AGUUAUUUCGGGACACGCCGUCGUUUACAGAACUUGCUGUGGUUCCAGUUCCCUAGCCGUCCCUGGGCCCAGAUCUUGGGGCGAAAAUGCCUGCCCUGCACAUUGAAGAUUUGCCAGAGAAGGAAAAACUUAAGAUGGAAGUUGAACAACUUCGCAAAGAGGUAAAGUUGCAGAGACAACAGGUGUCAAAAUGUUCUGAAGAAAUAAAGAACUAUAUCGAAGAACGUUCUGGAGAAGAUCCCCUGCUGAAGGGAAUUCCAGAAGACAAGAAUCCCUUUAAAGAAAAAGGCAGCUGCAUUAUUUCAUAA